AUGGCUAUCCAGGACCAGGAUAGAACCAUCCUUACAGAUCAUACAGUAAAUCAUAAUAGACCGGACAUCCUAUUAAUCGAUAAGGUUAAGAAAAAUGUAAUCAUCCUCGACGUUGCCAUCCCUAACAACAACAAUUUGGGUAGCAAGCAUUGUGAAAAGAUUGCCAAAUACCGAGAUCUCCAGGAACAAAUUAAAAAACAGUGGAAAAUAGAGACCAUAAAAACGAUCCCGAUAAUUGUAUCAACAACGGGCCUUAUCCCAAAACAACUAAAGAAGAAUAUUAGUGAGUUGGGGCUCAACGAAAAUUUAUAUAAAAGUAUGCAAAAAGCAACCUCGCUGGCGACCGCGCGAACAACUAGGAAGUAUUUAGGUAACCCAUCUAAACCUCAAGAACCCUAUAACAUAGAAAGGGUUCCCACCGAGCUCAAUCCCUCUAAUCUAAUCUAA